ACUAACGAUUACGAAACUACCCAUAAGGUCACACCACAAUUCAAAAGUUCAGCGUCAAGUUGUCAAGUUAUAUUCAAAGAGAAGGAAGGUGAACGAAGUUCAGUCCUCUAAUGGAGUUUCUGUCUUCUUCACAUUCUUAAUUCUUUUACCCUUUCUUCAGCCCAUUGCCACUUCGAAACCGCCAGGAUUUAGAUACUUCCCUCCACUGGAAGACAUUCUUUCAUUUGCUUGAAAAUCCCAGUUCUUCUUCUUCUUCUUCUGCCGAACUUGUCUUCUCUGUUUCUAAGUUUCAAUUUUUUGGGCACUAUUGUCGCGUUCUGAUGUCGACGUCCUGAAUUUGUUCAUUCUGUUCGGUUAUGCGGCUUGAGCUCAAUUUGUUAUCACUGCAUGAUAUGACGACGCAAACUCCAAGUACCCUCCUCUUGAUGUAGGCGUUUUAGACUCUGAAUAUUGUUUUGGCAUUUGUAAUUGAGGGAAACUUUUAUGACGUAUUAAUUUUUGCGCCGCUCUGUAAUUUUAUCGAUAUUGAAAUGUUGCACGCCAGGUGCUCGAUGAAUGUCCGCUAAGAGAUGUAGCAAGCAUGUUCUUACAUGAAUAAUGACACUACAAUAUAGUUGGAGUUUGUUACUGGAGCUGUACACAUUUUGAUUUGGCACACAAGGUAUUUUUAAUGUGAAACUGCACAAUAGAAAUUUGAAUGGAAGUUCUGGUUUGACUUUCCAGACUUGAAUGCUCUGAUCCAGGCAUUCUCACAUUUCAAUCAAUGUGUACGUCAUACUAGAGAUAGUGGUUUGGAACAAGCAUGGUUGAAAUCUCCACGUGGGAGAUGAUUCUUGCAGUUACAGGGGAUGAAUAAAUUGAAAAGAAGUUGAAAGGCUUUCUCUCCUAUAUUUAUGCAUCAUUCAUUUGUAAACCUCAUGUGCUGAUCUCUGCAGUGUGUUUAAGAAUGGCUUUAGAAUAGAUUACUUGAAUGGCACCUAUAAGAACCUUCAAUUCUAUAUAUUUUUUAACUUUAGCAUCGGAUGCUAUUGUUUUCUUCAACCCUUUUAGUCCAAGUACGUCAACAAAGAACUUCAAACCUCAACUGCAUUUAGCACACUCCCAUAUUCGACUCAGUACCCAGCUUGCCUUUUCUCCCUGCCCUGUUACUGUACAUUAUCCUCAUGAUGAUAAGAUAAUCUCUCUCUGCAAGAAAAACUUGCACAGAGAAGCUCUUCAAGCAUUUGACAUCUUUCGGAAAUGUUCAAGUUCUCCAUUGAAUUCUAUCACUUAUACCCAUCUAAUCAACGCAUGCUCUUCUCUAAGAUCCCUAGAGCACGGCAGGAAAAUUCAUCGCCAUAUGUUGACAUGCAACUACCAGCCUGAUAUGAUACUUCAGAAUCACAUUCUUAGUAUGUAUGGAAAAUGUGGGUCUUUGAAGGAAGCAAGAAAUAUUUUUGAUGCAAUGCCUCUGAAGAAUGUAGUAUCUUGGACCUCCAUGAUAUCUGGAUACUCACGUUAUGGUCAAGAGGAUAAUGCCAUUACAUUGUAUAUUCAAAUGUUACGAUCGGGAUACAUUCCUGAUCACUUUACAUUCGGAAGUAUUGUAAAAUCUUGCUCUGGACUUGAUGAUUUUAUGCUAGCAAGGCAACUGCAUGCUCACGUUCUGAAGUUUGAAUUUGGCGGUCACCUAAUUGCACAGAAUGCUCUAAUCUCAAUGUAUACCAAGUUCAGUCAAAUGGCUGAUGCAAUAAAUGUCUUCUCUCGUAUUAUUAUAAAGGAUCUAAUUUCCUGGGGCUCAAUGAUUGCAGGGUUUUCUCAGCUUGGCUAUGAGCUUGAAGCUUUAUGCCAUUUUAGGGAAAUGCUUUCUCAGUCUGUCUAUCAGCCAAAUGAGUUUGUCUUCGGUAGUGCCUUCAGUGCUUGUAGCAAGCUCUUAGAACCAGAUUGUGGACGCCAAAUACAUGGCUUGUGUAUAAAAUUGGGGUUAGGAAGUGAUAUUUUUGCUGGAUGCUCCCUUUGUGACAUGUAUGCAAAGUGUGGGUUUUUAGAAUCUGCAAGAACAGUAUUUUAUCAUAUUGAAAAGCCUGAUUUAGUUGCCUGGAAUGCUAUUAUAGCGGGAUUUGCUAGUGUCAGUAAUGCAAAGGAAUCCUUGUCAUUCUUUUCUCAAAUGAGGCAUAGAGGAGUUGUUCCAAAUGAUGUCACUGUUCUCUCUUUACUUUGUGCUUGUUCGGAGCCUGUGAUGCUUAAUAAUGGAAUGCAGGUUCACUCCUACAUUGUCAAAAUGGGCUUCAAUUUAGAUAUUCCUGUGUGCAACAGUUUGCUCAGCAUGUAUUCGAAGUGCUCAAAUUUGAAUGAUGCACUUCAAGUAUUUGAAGGCAUAGGAAACAAAGCUGAUAUAGUUUCUUGGAACACCUUGCUUACAGCAUGUCUCCAGCAGAACCAAGCUGGAGAGGUUUUAAGAUUAACGAAGCUAAUGUUUGCUUCUCGUAUUAUGCCUGACCAUGUUACUUUAACUAAUGUGUUGGUGUCAUCUGGACAAAUAGCAUCUUAUGAAGUGGGGAGUCAAAUUCAUUGUUUUAUCAUGAAAUCAGGACUGAAUCUUGAUACUUCUGUUUCUAAUGCAUUAAUCAAUAUGUAUACGAAGUGUGGAUCCCUUGAAUGUGCUCGAAAGAUGUUUGAUUCCAUUGGCAAUCCUGAUAUCAUUUCAUGGAGUAGCUUGAUUGUUGGAUAUGCACAGGCUGGAUGCGGCAAGGAGGCUUUUGAGCUUUUCAGGACCAUGAGAGGCCUCGGUGUAAAGCCAAAUGAAAUUACAUUCCUAGGAAUUCUUACUGCUUGUAGUCAUAUUGGAAUGGUAGAAGAAGGUUUGAAGUUAUACAGGACAAUGCAAGAGGAUUAUCGUAUUUCACCAACCAAAGAACACUGUUCAUGUAUAGUUGACUUGUUCGCUCGUGCUGGAUGCUUGGAUGUGGCAGAGGAGUUCAUUAAGCAGAUGCCUUUCGUUCCCGAUGUUGUAGUCUGGAAGACUCUGCUAGCAGCAUGUAAAGUCCAUGGUAAUCUUGAGGUUGGCAAAAGGGCUGCAGAGAAUGUAUUAAAAAUCGAUCCAUCAAACUCCGCCGCAGUCGUAAUGCUUUGUAACAUACAUGCUUCUUCCGGGCAUUGGAAAGAUUUAGCUCAACUAAGGAUUUCAAUGAGACGAAUGGAUGUCGGCAAAGUUCCAGGUCAGAGCUGGAUUGAGAUCAAGGAUAAAGUUCAUGUGUUUCUUGCAGAAGAUAACUUACAUCCUGAGAGAGGUAAAAUUUACACAAUGCUGGAAGAGCUGAUGUUGCAAACUUUAGAUGAUAGUUGUGAUCCAUUACAGAUGGUAUCUUGAUUGGAUUACAAAGUAGGAAUAAUUAAUUUUUCAGGCAGGUUCUUAGAUGUAUAUUGGAUCUCACGAUUUUGUGAAAUAAUUUACGAGAAAUUCAGUAGUGACAUAGAAAUGGGUAUUUGUUCUUUA